CAGCCAGGACCCCGUUCAGAAAGCUCAAAAGACUGUCUGAUACAAAAAUCGGCCAAUAGAAAAAUUCCGAUAUGCUGUUGCCAGGUAGUUUCCAGCCUUGCUGACCAAUUAGAUUACGAAUGGUGAAGGGAGGGCGCGGGGAGCUGGAGGUAACAGUGUGCGCGAGAGCCCGAGUGCGAGGGAAGCCUUAUCACGGAGGCAAGGCUAAAGACAACAUUUGCAAAAUGCCGAAUAAAACUAAGAAAGAGAAGGAACCAAACAAAUCUGCAAAAAGCAGCACAAAGAACAGCAAUUCCAGCGGUGGAAAGGAUGCUGGGACUGAAAAUUCAGAAGAGGCCCAGCAGUCAGCCAGCAAGCGUCCGAGCAACAGCACUCCACCUCCCACUCAGCUCAACAAAAUUAAGUACUCCGGUGGGCCUCAGAUUGUAAAGAAGGAGCGUCGACAGAGUUCGUCACGAUUCAACCUCAGCAAGAACCGGGAACUGCAGAAGCUUCCCGCUCUCAAAGAUGCCCCACCCCUGGAUCGAGAAGAACUGUUUGUCCAGAAACUGCGGCAGUGCUGCGUGCUUUUCGACUUUGUGACUGAUCCACUAAGUGAUCUCAAGUUCAAGGAGGUGAAGCGAGCUGGCCUCAAUGAAAUGGUGGAGUACAUCACACACAACCGUGAUGUAGUCACAGAGUCCAUCUACCCUGAAGCCGUCAUCAUGUUUUCUGUGAACUUGUUCAGGGCUCUGCCGCCCUCCUCCAACCCCACGGGAGCAGAGUUUGACCCCGAAGAGGACGAACCCACUCUAGAGGCAGCUUGGCCUCACCUGCAGCUGGUGUAUGAAUUCUUCUUAAGAUUCCUGGAGUCACCUGACUUUCAGCCCAACAUUGCCAAAAAAUACAUCGACCAAAAGUUUGUAAUGUCGCUUCUGGAGCUUUUCGACAGUGAAGACCCUCGAGAGCGGGACUUCCUGAAAACCAUCCUGCACAGGAUCUAUGGAAAGUUCCUGGGACUGAGAGCCUACAUCCGUCGGCAGAUCAACAAUAUUUUUUACAGGUUUAUAUACGAGACGGAGCAUCACAAUGGGAUUGCGGAGCUCUUGGAAAUCUUAGGAAGCAUAAUCAAUGGCUUUGCCCUGCCACUGAAAGAGGAGCACAAAAUGUUCCUCAUCAGAGUGCUACUGCCUUUACACAAAGUCAAGUCUCUCAGCGUCUAUCACCCACAGCUGGCUUACUGUGUGGUGCAGUUUUUGGAAAAGGACAGCAGCCUCACCGAACCCGUGAUUAUGGGCCUGCUAAAGUUCUGGCCCAAGACUCACAGUCCCAAGGAGGUGAUGUUUCUGAAUGAGCUGGAGGAAAUCUUGGAUGUCAUUGAGCCCUCAGAAUUCGUUAAAGUCAUGGAGCCCCUGUUUAGACAGCUGGCCAAGUGUGUAUCAAGUCCACACUUCCAGGUUGCUGAAAGAGCAUUGUAUUACUGGAACAAUGAGUACAUCAUGAGCCUGAUCAGUGAUAACGCUGCCAAGAUCCUCCCCAUCAUGUUUCCCGCUCUCUACAAGAACUCCAAGAGCCACUGGAACAAGACAAUCCAUGGGCUCAUCUACAACGCUCUGAAGCUCUUUAUGGAGAUGAACCAGAAGCUGUUUGAUGACUGCACUCAGCAGUACAAGGCUGAGAAGCAGAAAGAGAAGUACAAACUUAAGGAGCGGGACGAAAUGUGGCAUAAAAUAGAGGCGCUAGCAAAACAAAAUCCACAGAGUACAAAGAUUGAGCUGCGGCCCGGUCUGGCUCAAGAGGAGUAUAUGAUGUUUAAUGAAGGAGGGAUGCCCCUGUACUCAAUGGAGACGGAGACCCCUACAGCCGAGGACAUCCAGCUGCUGAAGAAGACUGUGGAAUCAGAAGCCUCACAGGGGUUAAAAGAUAUCAAGAAGGAAAAGGUUUUGACGAGGCGAAAGUCUGAGCUGCCACAGGACGUGUAUACUAUUAAAGCCCUGGAAUCUCACAAGCGAGCGGAAGAGUAUCUGACGGCCAACCAGGAAGCCCUCUGACCGGGGAACACCGCCACCCUCCACCGCGCCUAAACUGUCCCUCUCGUCUUGGUCCAAAAUUGUGGCGUGCUGUAACCCACCUCUCUGUUCCCCCGCCUCUGUCCAUACACUCUUCCUCCCUGGCUGUUGGAGAGCCCCGUCUGUGUACGAUCUAGCCCCGCAGAGCAGUGGAGCGCUCCCAUGAACUCUGUCCCUCGUCCUGUGCGUGCACAAACACUUUCCAAAGUCUUCACAAAUCCAUAGCUGCUACAGAAGCUGUUAGAAAGCAGUGUGGGUUACAAAUAAUGAAAGUAUGCUUGUGUUUUUCUCGUCCACACCGCUUUAUUUUGUCCACUUUGUGCUGUCUCCAUUUGUCCGCAUGUUCCCUAUCCUGUUUUCACCACUGCUUGAGAGCCCUUCCUGUACUCCAGUCACUGCCUCUGUAAAUCUGUUUGCAAUGAAGGGGCCACACUUAACUAAAUGAAUCAUGUUACUCGAGAUUAAUGAAGACCUCGGUGGGGAUGUUGACCCUAUGUUGGAUUUUCAUUCAAUACACUAUAUGGAGAAAGCAGCUUUAUGAAUUAGACAUGCAAAUCGGAGAUUUGAACCCACAAGGGAUUGCAAAUCUAUGUCAGAUGCUUCUCUAGAUGUACACCUGAGAGGGUAUAAAACAAUUCUUUCUCCAUAGUGGCCCGGUGCUAUAAAUGCUUCAGUUAGUCAUCAGAAGAAGUCGUCAUUUUUGAGGUCAAGGCCACAUGUUAAGAGGCAGAGGCUGAAUAGUUCCACCUUAUAAGUUUUGCUGUUUUCCCAGUGAUUGUGUUCAUGAUCGUCAAAGGAAAGAAAAACAAAUGUAAGGGAGAUUUGUGGAAGCAAUCAUCUCUAAACACCACCAGCAGAGCGCUUGAUGACAAUGCUGUAAAAGUUAGUAUACAGUCCGUUUACAGUAGCGGAGAAGACAAGAAUGUGCUCUAAACGCAUGCACCAAUGGCCUAUUGGUCCACACUCCACUUAUUUUGUAUGCAUCCGUGUUUUAUUUUCGUUUUAAGACUGAUACCAAUCAAAUCGAAACGUCCCUUUUUUCACUGCCUAGCUUUUGCAAGGUGUCUCGUUUGUGCUCCGUAGGUUUAAAAACUAGAAAAGAACAAAAAACAAACUCCCUUUUGAGCCUUUAAAAAAAAAAUCAGUUAUUACUGUCCUGUCCAUGAUUGUAUGUCUUUUUUUGUUGCUGUUUUUUCUUUCUUUUUCACUUUAAAGCGCCGAAGCAAUAUUUUUUUCAGGAAUUAGAACAGUGUGGAAACCAUGCACUGGACUAGUGUACGAUCAAGCGCUAUACAAUCCUCCUGAUAGGACUAUAUAUACUUAAAGAGAAAAGAUACUCGCUUGUCCAGGCUUAAUAUAUGGAUAACUGACAGCCUGAUGUUGCUGUUGCAAAUACUGGUGUACUGUAUAUUGUCAUGUAUAUUGCUUAUGAUUGUGCCCUUGCCCACCUCAUGCCCUUCAGUAUUCCCUUUUUAUGCUCCGAGUUCAUCUUUUCUUUCUUUUUUUUUUGCUUGUAUGACUCCAUUCUGAUGCAUAAUGUCCCCUCUCUGUUGUAAAGGUCAGUCUCGUGAAGUGUCACUUUGAUCAUUUCAACAGUGAGGGAACAUUUACUCCUCGUAAAGCCUGCUGGACAACCCAACGUCUUACUGCUAUCCGAUGCGCAGCUCUAAGGUCCCGCUGUAGUUCGUCCCGACAUCCACUUGCUGCUACACUUCCUCCAUCGCUUCAGUCAUGUGCAUAUGUUUCACCUCGUGCGAUUUACAGCAGUGCAGAGGUGAUGUGUUUGAAGUGUUGACGUCACCUCGGCCUGUCAGCAUACAGGAAUGACUUGUCCGUGCAAUCAAGAGCAUGAUUUGCCAACCUAGCUGCCUCUACAUGAACCAAAACAUUCCAGAAACAAUCCAAGGCAACUUCACUCUUGAACACAGCAUGCUUCCAUUCUCAGCGCAGCUCGACAGGCGGAUGGGGCCGUGUUCAGCUUGUCUGGCAGCAAACCGAGGGAAAUGAAGAACGUAUGGGUCUCUCCACACUCUCCCAGCCCUCCCUUCCCAAGUCUGACACUAAUCUUAAGCUGCUUUCCAGGUCAUAUGUACAUACGUUGUACUUUAAUUAGGUUGCGCAUUACAUAGUAUGAAAGUCAUAUUUUGUACAGAUGUUCAUGUAUGUACAGAACGAAAAAUAAAGAAACAAAAGACG